GUUUUUUAGUUAAUCGUCGAAAUGGCAGCUUUUAAAUUUUGCGUUUUACUAUUUGUAAGCUUUUUAAUGGUAGCAUCUAGCCGGGCUGCCACUAAAAAACAAGUAUUAGAACUUUUGUCUAAAGUACCAAAAGAAGAAAGAAUAGCUUUUCUCAGGUAUAACUUGUUAAAAGGCUACGAAUAUAUUAAAGCAGCCCAAAAUAAUAAAUAUUCGCGUAUAUCUCCCACAGUAUCAGCGGCAAUCUACCAAUAUGUAACCAAUGAACACGUAGUGGCAGAAAAAAGUAAAUUAAGGUCCCUACAAAAUACAGUGUGUUUCCCUAGCGGCUGUAUCGAUAUGGACGAUCCAGGGAUAUAUCCGUUUUAGAUUAUUAACACGUUUUUGCAAAUAAAAAUUUAAAACAUAUAAAAGACAAAUAUAUUUUUACAAAAAAU